CUGCACUGCCCCGCCGUGUCAUCCCCCACAUGUCCACAACCUAAAUAAACACGGGCAGCCUAACGGAGUGCAACGGUAACUCAAAACAUUAAUACAAGCGAGUUCUCGUCCGGACGCCCCUAAACCCUUGACACGGAGUACCAUACGUAUAAACCGGUGAAUUCGUUCGUUCGUUCCUCUAUUUCGAAAUAAUUUCUUCGGUUGCAGUGAGUGCUCUGCCAAUUGACUCCUUGUCUCAGAGCACACGAGCAGAAUCCGACUCGCGAGUUUCACAGCAUCAUGAGCCCCUCAUCAACCCCACCAUCCGCCGAGCCAUGCAUCACGUUCAGCUCCGGCCGAGAUCUGAACACGCCACCAGACCUCAGGAUACUUCAUUUCAACGAUGUCUACCAUCUCGACCCGUCGUCGGCUGAACCGGUCGGCGGCAUUGGCCGUUUCGUGAGCGUCUGCAAGGAAUACCGAGAAGCCGAGCGUUUCCAGGGACAACCGGGGCUCGUGACGCUGUUCUCGGGCGAUGUCUUCAACCCGAGCCUCGAAAGCUCCAUUACCAAGGGCAGCCAUAUGGUUCCUCUCCUGAAUCUUAUCGGGACCGACUGUGCCUGCGUCGGGAAUCACGAUUUGGAUUUCGGGGUUAGACAGUUCCGCAAUCUCACAUCCAAGUGCAACUUCCCCUGGCUGCUGGCCAAUGUGCUCGACCUGGCUUUGGGGGACGGGGUGCCCCUCGGCAACGCCAAAAAGACACACAUGAUCACGACCUCCAACGGCAUCAAGAUCGGCCUUCUCGGUCUCGGCGAGCGCGAGUGGCUCGACACCAUCAACGCGCUGCCGCCCAACGUCAUCUACCGCUCCGCCAGCGACGUCGCCCGCGAGCUCGUCCCGCAACUGCGUGCCGAAGGGGCCGACAUCGUCAUCGCCCUCACGCACAUGCGCGAGCCCAACGAUAACAAGCUGGCAGAGCAGCUAGGCGGCGAGAACAUCGACCUCAUUCUCGGCGGUCACGAUCAUUACUACGCCCACAGCUUCAUCAACGGGACCCACGUUCUGCGGUCUAGAUCCGAUUUCAAGCAGCUCAGCUACAUUGAAGUUCGCCGGGCCGAGCCCCCGGGUAGCGGGCGGAGGUGGGAUGUGGAUAUCUGGCGCCGCGAUAUCGUGCGGUCCGUCCCCGAGAACGGCGAGACUCUCGCGCUGGUGAACAAGCUCACGGCCAAGCUGAAGAAGAGCCUGGAGAAGCCGGUCGGCUGGACUGCCGCCCCGUUGGACUCGAGGUUCACCACGGUACGUCUCGGGGAGAGCAACCUGGGCAACUUUGUGUGCGACAUCAUGCGCCACCAUUACGGUGCGGACUGCGCGCUCAUGGCGGCCGGCACCAUCAGGGGAGAUCAAGUGUAUGCGCCGGGGCCAAUCCGAGUCAAAGACGUCACCGACUGCUUCCCGUUUGAGGACCCGGUCGUCGUGAUCAAGACAUCCGGGCAGGCCAUCUUGGAUGCGCUCGAGAACGGCGUUUCGCUGUAUCCCGCGCUUGAAGGCCGGUUUCCCCAGGUGUCAAACAUCAACUUCAAGUUCGAUCCUUCCCGCCCAGUCGGAUCCCGCGUUCUCUCUGUCGAGAUAGGAGGGGAGUCUCUGGACAAAGGUCGCACCUACGUCCUGGCGACGAGAGGUUACAUGGGCCGCGGAAAGGACGGCUACCGCAGUUUGCUGGUCCGGUCCGAGGGCGGCGAGUGCGAGGAGGUUGUGUCCGAGGAGAACGGCAUGCUCAUCUCUGCCAUGCUGCGGCAAUAUUUCAUGUCCUUGACCGUGUUGGCCAAAUGGAGCGGUUGGGGCCCGUCGUUGGAACGCCACUGGUCCAAAGUCGCAGAUAACGUUGCCAAGAGUCACCCCAUUCUCGGGAAAUCAUCAGCCUCUGCUCCAGUCAACCCAGCCGAGGGGAGAUCCCAAGUCAGUCAAUCCGGAAGCGAAAACAGAAGCGGCUGGGCAGAAUGGACGCCCAGCAAGCUCAGGCAGAGGCGGUCCAGUCUUCCGCCGAUGCAUGGUGCCGCCGAGGACGACAGCGACAGCGAGUCCGGGGAGGAGCUGGAGCGAGCUAGGGAGAAUGCUCGAGCCCUGGACAGGGAGCUCGCCAUCAUGCGCCGCGUCUUCGCCAAGUGGUGUCGCCGGGCAGGAGUCCGCGGAAAUACGUGCGACGAGCUGACGGAGGGUGAGUGCGAAGUGGCAUGGACCAGACCCAUUGCUCCCCGCGUCGAGGGGCGCAUACAGAUGGUGACUGGGGCCUCGAGUUAAUUUAAGCGGGAGGCGAGUCAGUGCACCACCGCACACUGAGUUGAACCCCCCCCCCCCCCCGGUAAGGGUGAGAAAAACAACAUGCUUCUCCCUUUAUAAUUAGAAUGGCGUGCCGGCCAGAAUAUGAAGCAAGUUGUUCUAGCACAGCCAGCAAAGACAAACACUUCUCUGCUUUACUCUGCCCUUCGCUCUCUUUCCUGGCGCACUCCUCGCAUCUGUGAACAAGCAUACGCUAGUACUUCGGCAUGGUCUCGGUAUAGAGUAAAAGACACCCUCUGCGAGGAAUCAAAGUUUGCAGGCUUGCUGGU